UCGCGUCGCCGGGCGCAGCGCGAGGCCCGGCCAUGGCCACCACCAGCACCACGGGCUCCACCCUGCUGCAGCCGCUCAGCAACGCCAUGCAGCUGCCCAUCGACCAGGUCAACUUUGUAGUGUGCCAACUCUUUGCCUUGCUCGCAGCCGUUUGGUUUCGAACUUACCUACAUGCAAGCAGAACUAGCUCUUUCAUCAGACAUGGAAUUGCCACUCUUCUGGGCCUCUACCUGGCACUCUUUUGCUUUGGAUGGUAUGCCUUACACUUCCUGGUACAAAGUGGAGUCUCCUACUGCAUCAUGAUCAUCAUCGGCGUGGAAAGCAUGCACAAAUAUUGUUUUGUGUUUGCUUUGGGAUACCUCACAGUGUGCCAAAUUACUAGAGUCUAUAUCUUUGAUUAUGGACAAUAUUCGGCUGAUUUUUCAGGCCCCAUGAUGAUCAUUACGCAGAAGAUCACCAGCCUGGCCUACGAGAUCCAUGACGGGAUGUUCCGGAAGGAUGAGGAGCUGACGCCGUCGCAGAGAGGGUUAGCUGUAAGGCGCAUGCCUAGCCUGCUGGAGUACCUGAGUUACAACUGCAACUUCAUGGGCAUCCUGGCGGGUCCGCUGUGUUCUUACAAGGACUACAUCACCUUCAUCGAGGGCAGAUCCUACGAGGUGGUACAGCCCGGUGAGAACGGCAAGGCGCAGGGGCAGAGCGAGAGGACCGAGCCAUCUCCCACCGGCGCCGUCAUCCAGAAGCUUGUGGUCUGUGGCCUGUCCCUGCUGUUUCACCUGACCGUCUCCAAGAUGCUGCCCGUGGAAUACAACAUCAACGAGCACUUCCAGGCCACAGCGUCGUGGCCAGCAAGGGUCACCUAUCUGUAUGUGUCGCUUCUGGCCGCCAGACCCAAAUACUAUUUUGCUUGGACGUUAGCUGAUGCUAUUAAUAAUGCUGCCGGCUUUGGUUUCAGAGGAUAUGACAGAAACGGAGCAGCUCGCUGGGACUUAAUUUCCAAUUUGAGAAUUCAGCAGAUAGAGAUGUCAACAAGUUUCAAGAUGUUUCUGGAUAAUUGGAAUAUUCAGACAGCUCUUUGGCUCAAAAGGGUGUGUUAUGAACGAGCCUCCUUCAGCCCAACUAUACAGACGUUCUUUCUCUCUGCCAUUUGGCACGGGGUGUACCCGGGAUAUUACCUCACGUUUCUCACAGGGGUGCUGAUGACACUCGCAGCCCGCACUAUGAGAAGUAACUUCCGACAUCAUUUCAUCGAACCGCCGCAGCUGAAGUUAUUUUAUGAUGUGAUAACGUGGCUAGUCACCCAAAUAGCAAUAAGUUACACAGUCGUGCCGUUUGUACUUCUUUCUAUAAAACCGUCAUUCACAUUUUACAGCUCCUGGUAUUACUGCCUUCACGUCGGUAGUAUCUUAGUAUUGUUGUUGUUACCAGCAAAAAAAUCCCAAAGAGGGAAGAGUGCACAAGGAGACACUCCACUCUCACGUUCCAAAAAGUUCGAUGACAGUGAAAACUCUUUGGGACAGAACAGUCUUCCCGCCACCAUCAGUGUUUGUAGUCGGAGAACAGGAGCCGCGUCCAGACAUCCGCUGCUGCAGCAGUGACACGGAGCCCGCCGGUGGCCACAGUGUGGGAGCAGACGCCUGACCUGUCGCAGGAGAGAGACUGGGGGUGGGGACAGUGUGGUUGUAGAGAGGAGACUUCUGGGUGAGCCCCACAGGGAGCGGGGGAAGCAGCCUUUCCCUUCCCGCGUGUCCCGGCAGCCAGGCCGUAGCUGAAGUCCUUCCCUGAUGCGCUGGGGCGUCCUCACAACGCCCCUGUCCACCGAAUGUCCUUGCACCCCCAAGGCACCACAGAGAUGGACGAAUCCUCGUGCUGGCCUGGAUCCAGAUUGGGGGAAACUAAUUUUUCCACACGAGUGUCUUGCCUUAACCCCUUCUCUUUCCUGAAAUCUUGUUCCUGCGUGGCCGUUUCAGCUGUACCGUUGCGAGAACACGGAGUAUCCACUGUUGAGUGCUGGAAAGGAACUCCAGGGGGCUUGGGAAUGGGAAGCUGGGGGUUGUGAUACUUGAAAACCUGCAAUAAACAUCUCAGUGUUUGAGGAGGGGCCUUCUCAAGGCGUCCCCAGUGAGCAGCUGGGAUGUGGACUUUGUCCCCUGUGUUGGCAGGGUGUCCUGCAGGUGGACACUAGGAAGUGAAUUCUAGGUCAGCGAUGUGCUGUGCUUAAGUAACACAGGAAGAUGCCUGAGGAGGCUGGGGCUGCAGAAAGCAUAGGUGGUCCAGAGCUAGCACGGGGCAGGGAGACACUGCCCGCCCGCUGCAUUGGAGUUCUGGGGUUACACUGGGACCUGUUAGCUUCACAACUUGUCAAUGCUUUAGACUUUUAUAAUUGAAAUUUAUCAAGGGUGAAUUACAUAGAGUUAGAUUCUAUGUGAGUGAUGGUGGUAGAUGGUUCGAAGUUCUGGAAGAGAAUCUCUAGGUACGGUUGCUGUCUGAUCCGUUUCUUCUCCCUGACACUAACUCACAUUUGGGACAGUUUCAGGGAAAUGAAAGCUAAGUCACAGAACCCGAACUUUCUUAGAGAGAGCUGUACUUUUUUUUUUUUCCUGAACUCUUCUCACAUUGAAACGUUGCUGUUGACUCUUGUGAAGACCAGUUCUAGAUCAGUCUGGCUGUUUUCUCCUGGUGAGCCUAGGCUUGCCGUGGCAGGCGUCUGCUUCAGCCUGCUGUGGUGCUGAGGCUGGAGCAGGGGAAGGCCUGGGCCGGGGUUCGAGGCCAGGCAGAGGUGCCGGCCCCGCCUCAGCCGAGCGGUCAGGCAUCACCCAUGGGAGAGGAGACACCAGGGCCUCCGACCUUUCUCUGUCACCUGACCAAUCUUGUGGGAUUUAUUUUCUUUUUGCCUUAAAUUCCUUUGUAGUGAAAUUCCAGUCACCUGUCCGUGAUGAGUCGUCGUCUUUGUUUUUGUGAAUGCUCCCGGUGCUGUUGGCUCUUAGCCAGCUGCAGAAACGGGGUUGAAUUCUGAUUGGGAGUUUCCCCGGUGACGGGGUUAAGGAGAGGAGGAGCAGCUAAGGAAGUCCUGUUUUCCCACUGGGAUGGAGCUGGCUGCGUGGAGAAGGAUGCUCCUCCUGGAGUGUCAGUCCCCACCCUGUAGUCGGGGCUGCUGAACUGCAUAUCUCGGCUCUGGUGGGAAACAUAGGCUGGGUUAACAGACAGGCCCGGCGUGUCCUAACGGAAAUCCAGAGACUGGAUGAGCACUUGUGGGACUUUUGCUCGUGGAGCCUGUCCAGCCACUUACAUAAUUUCUGUUACCUCAGUGUAUUUUUGUUUCUCAGCCAGUAAAUCCAGAUCGCUCACCUGUUC